AGAUGCUGGAAUAGAGUUAGUUAGAGGAGAGGUUUGCGUUGGAUUCUUCCAAUCAGCAUCUCAUCUCGCCCUCUGGCGGUUUCGGGUGGCAGCCAGAUUUAGUGGGCCUCCGGUCAUUCUCCAAGACGGGCACUGACCGUUUUCACCAGGGGAUUGGGGUGGGUUCCCAAUGGGGGAGGAGGGGACGGAGGGCACGGUGCAUCUGCUGUGCCUCGCGGCCUCCAGCGGAGUCCCCCUGUUCUGCAGAAGCAGCCGCGGCGGUGCUCCCGCCCGCCAGCAGCUCCCGUUCUCUGUCAUCGGCUCCCUCAAUGGAGUCCACAUGUUUGGGCAGAAUCUCGAGGUGCAGCUGAGCUCUGCGAGGACCGAGGACACCACCGUGGUGUGGAAAAGCUUCCAUGACAGCAUCACCCUCAUUGUUCUGUCAUCUGAGGAGGGCACCUCGGAGCUGAGACUAGAGAGGCUGCUCCAGAUGGUGUUUGGGGCCAUGGUUCUUCUUGUGGGACUUGAAGAACUGACCAACAUCAGCAAUGUAGAAAGACUGAAGAAGGAGUUGAGGGCCUGUUACCGCCUCAUUGACAGCUUCCUGGGGGACUCGGAGCUCAUUGGAGACCUGACCCAGUGUGUGGACUGUGUGGUUCCUCCAGAGGGAACCCUCUUUCAGGAAGCCCUCUCUGGGUUCGCGGAGGCUGCGGGCACAGCCUUCGCCAGCCUCCUCGUGUCGGGCCGGGUGGUGACAGCGACAGAAAGCUGGUGGCGGCUGGGGAUGCCAGAGGCCGUGCUACUCCCCUGGCUGGUGGGAUCCCUGCCGCCGCAGGCCGCACGGGACUACCCGGUGUACCUGCCGCACGGGAGUCCCACGGUCCCGCACCGCCUUCUGACCCUGACGCUGCUGCCGGGCUUGGAGCUGUGUCUGCUCUGCGGGCCGCGCCCUCCCCUCAGCCAGCUGGAUCCACAGCUUCUGGACCGCUGGUGGCAGCCGUCGCUGGACUCGCUGCGGGCCUGCCUGCCGCUGGGACCCCGAGCUCUGCCCGCUGGCUUCCCCCUGCACACCGACAUCCUCGGGCUGCUGCUCCUCCAUUUGGAACUGAAGCGCUGCCUCUUCACCGUGGAGCCUUCAGGGGAUAAAGAUCCUUCCCCUGAGCAGCGUCGGUGCCUCCUCCGUUCCUUCUACACCCUCGUCACCGCCAUGCACUUCCCACCAGAGCCCGGACAGCAGGAGGAGAAGGUGGAGGACACAGCCCAGCGGGCUCAGGUGCCGAGAGCCUGCUACCUGGUCUCAGGGACCGAGGAGCCAGGCACAGGAUGGCGUCUGGUGGCCCUACAGUUGGGGCCCCGGCGGCUGCUGCUGCUGCUGUCGGCUCAGAGCCCCUGCCAUGGGCUCCGGAGCCUGGCCACUCGCACCCUGCAGGCCCUCACCCCACUCUUCUGACCACGGGGCGUGAGCCACAGACAG